GACACUAGUGGUUCUAUGAUGCAACUAAAAUUGCAUUACUUAAAUGCACAAAUUUAUAAAUAUUUAAUUUGAAUGUAAAAUGAUUACUGAAAGAAGUUAAAAGAUAAAUAACAUUAUAAAUGUUUAUAUUAUUAAAUUAUUUAUGAAUAAGCCAAUAGCGGGAGACACAAACAACUGAGACCUAACCUUUUUAAACUUACGAUUGAUAUAUACAUACAUACAUAUGCAUAUGAUAAAUAAAAAAGUAAAUUGCAUUAAAUAAAAUUAUUAACAAUGUUCGAAGCACAUAGUAUUAAUGCGGAACAUAAGGAUUUAAUUCAUGACAUUGCAUAUGACUUUUAUGGGCAACGAAUGGCAACAUGUUCAAGUGAUCAAUUUGUAAAGGUGUGGGAUGAAGAUGAGCAUGGAAAUUGGCACUUGACUGCUUCAUGGAAAGCGCAUAGUGGAUCAGUUUGGAAAGUUACAUGGGCACAUCCUGAAUUUGGUCAAGUUCUUGCAACUUGCUCUUUUGAUCGUACUGCAGCUGUUUGGGAAGAAAUAGUUGAAGGAUCAGGAUCUGGAGAGCGUGGUAUGCGCCAUUGGGUUAGAAGAACAAAUUUAGUAGAUUCCAGGACAUCUGUCACAGAUGUUAAAUUUGCACCAAAGAUGUUAGGACUUUUACUGAUAACUUGUAGUGCAGAUGGAGUAAUUAGAAUAUACGAAGCACCAGAUAUUAUGAAUUUGAGUCAAUGGACUUUACAACAUGAUAUUAGUUGUAAACUUCCAUGUAGUUGUCUCACAUGGAAUCCCUCGUUAUCAAGAUUACAUCCACCAAUGAUAGCAGUUGGAAGUGAUGAUACAAAUUCAUCUAGUGGAGGGAAAGUUUUUAUAUAUGAAUAUUCAGAGGGUAGUAGACGGUGGACAAAAACUGAAACACUGUCAAAUAUUAUUGAUCCAGUUCACGAUAUCGCGUUUGCACCUAAUUUAGGUAGAAGUUUUCAUACAUUAGCUGUAGCUACAAAGGAUGUAAGAAUAAUUAUUUUGAAACCGAUGCAGGAAAGUGCACAAAAUGGUUUAUCACGUUUUGAGAUAACCACUGCUGCACAAUUUGAUGAUCAUUACACUACAGUGUGGCAUGUAUGCUGGAACAUUAUGGGAACUAUUUUAGCAAGUUCUGGUGAUGACGGUUGUGUUCGAUUAUGGAAAGAUAACUAUAUUAACAAUUGGAAAUGCAUUGCUGUUCUGAAAGGAGAUGGUACUUCUGCUCAAAAUGCUGAAACUCCUGCUGCAGCUACUCCACCUAAUCAACCCACAGGAAUCCCACCACCUUCUACUGCAAAGUACUACAAAUUGGGUUCCAUCAGUCAUCCAAAUCAAGUACCUUGGCAUUAGAAUAUACUUUAGAAUAGAAAAUAAGAUUGAUUUCCAUUUAAACAGAAUCAAUAAUCAUAUGAUCUUUGUUAUUAUGAUGACAAAUACAUGGAUACAUAUUAAAAUUAUAUCUCCAGCACAUACAUUUUAUCAAAUAAAAAGUAUUAUUGUGCUGCUUUUUUUCUUUUUCUUUUUUUUUCUUUCCUUUUUUUUUGUAAAAGUAUUUACAUUUUUCUUGCUAUUACAAACAAAUUUAUAUUUUCACAAUAAAUUAUUUUUUAAAAAGUACUAUGAAAUGAAAAUGUGUGAAUACUAUCAAUAAUAGUUUCAGAGACCAUAUUUAUGAUUAUUUAUAAUUAUCAAUAUUGUUCUCUCUUCGUUAUUUUGGAGUAGUUAAUGAAGUAUCUCCUCUAUGUUAUUAUUUGAAUUAUAUGCAGAAAAAAAUGAACCUGAUGUUUCCAAUUCUUCAGUUGUAAUACUAUAAUUGAGAUAUAAAAGCUAUUGAGAGAUACAUAAAGGCCUAUGUUAUCAUACUUAUAAUAUCAUUAUUACAAAAACAUUAUCUGGAAAAAAGAGAAAAUAAUUAAACAUUACAAUAGUUUAUAAACUUAUACUUUUAUAUGUACAUUAUAGAAGUUACUUUCUGAUAAAUUUGUAAAA